AUGGCUACUCAACCAGCGAAGGAGUCUGUGCAAUGCUUUGGAAGGAAGAAGACGGCGGUUGCCGUCACCCACUGCAAGCGUGGUACUGGUCUGAUCAAGCUCAACGGUUCACCAAUCGAGCUUCUCCAGCCUGAGAUCCUCCGAUUCAAGGUGUUCGAGCCAGUGUAUCUCCUCGGAAAGCACCGAUUCGCAGGUGUGGACAUGAGGAUCCGUGUCAACGGUGGUGGUCACACUUCCCAGGUCUACGCGAUUCGUCAGAGUAUCGCAAAGGCACUGGUUGCGUUCUACCAGAAGUAUGUGGACGAGCAAUCGAAGAAGGAGAUCAAGGAUAUCUUGGUUAGGUACGACAGGACCUUACUUGUUGCGGAUCCGAGGAGGUGCGAGCCGAAGAAGUUUGGUGGUCGUGGUGCUCGUUCUCGUUUCCAGAAGAGUUACCGUUAA